CUUCCGGCGCGGGGAACAAGGGAGAGACAGAGCGCGGGCGCGACGGAGGCAACGCGGCCGCCGCCUCCUCCUCCUCCUGUGCCUGCUGCCCGACAGUAAUCUCCCCCCACAAUGGGAGACAGCGAUGAUGAAUAUGACCGCAGGCGCAGAGACAAAUUUCGACGCGAGAGGAGCGACUACGAUCGUUCUCGAGAACGGGAUGAUAGGCGCCGAGAUGACUGGAGCGACAGGGAGUGGGAUCGGGGCCGGGAACGCCGGAGCAGAGGGGAAUACCGCGAUUACGAUCGGAACCGGCGAGAGCGCUUCUCGCCACCCCGCCACGAGCUGAGCCCUCCGCAGAAACGGAUGCGGCGGGACUGGGAUGAGCACACGGCAGACCCCUACCACACUGGCUAUGAGAUGCCCUAUAGUGGGGUCUCCACUGGCCCAGCCUAUGGACCUCCCCAACCUUGGGCUCAUCCCGAAAUGCACGUGACGCAGCAUCACAUCUUGCCCAUCCAAGCCAGGCUGGGGAACAUUGCAGAGGUGGACCUGGGCAUCGCUCCCCCCGUGAUGAAGAACUUCAAGGAGUUCCUCCUCUCCUUGGACGAUUCCGUGGACGAGACGGAAGCUGUGAAGCGCUACAAUGACUACAAGCUGGACUUCCGGCGCCAGCAAAUGCAGGACUUCUUCCUCGCCCACAAGGACGAAGAGUGGUUCCGGUCCAAAUAUCACCCGGAUGAAGCCGGCAGGCGGAAACAGGAAUCCCACAGCGCCCUCCAGAACCGCCUCAACGUCUUCCUGUACCUCAUGGACAAUGGCUGGGUCGAGGCCUUGCAGCUGGACAUUGACAAAGCCACCGCCAUCAUCAAAGUCCUGGAUGCCGCUGUCAUUAAGAUGGAAGGCGGGACGGAGAACGACUUGAAAAUCCUGGAUCAGGAGGAAGAGGAGGAGCGGCAGGAGAAGGCCGAGCCAGGGAAGAAGGAGGAGAACCGGCUGUCGGAGCUGGACCGCAAAGGCUCCUCAGAGAAAGAGGACAAGAAAGAGGAGGCCAAGAAGGCGAGCGACGAGGAGGCCGCGGAGGACAAAGCUAAGAAGGCCGCGGAGGACGAGGAGAAAAGGCCAGAGAAGAAAGAGGAGGCCGACAAGGAAGCGAAGAAGACCAGCCACAAACGCAAACGGAAGCGCAGCGGAGACGACAGCUACGACGAAGGCAGCGUGUCCGAGUCGGAGACGGAGUCGGAGAGUGGGCGGCCUGAAGAGGACGACAAGGAAGAUGAAAAGCCCAAGGAGGAGAAGGCGGCGGCAGCGGCAAAAGAGGGGGAGGAGUCUCCCAAAGCCAAGGAGAAGGAUGGGGAGCCCAAGCCCCGCCCCCUGCACAAGACCUGCUCUCUCUUCGUGCGCAACAUCGCCCCCAACAUCUCCCAGGCAGAAAUCGUGGCGCUUUGCAAAAGAUACCCUGGUUUUAUGAGGGUGGCGCUUUCAGAUCCCCAGCCAGAAAGGAGGUUUUUCCGAAGAGGUUGGGUUACGUUUGAUCGCAGCGUCAACAUCAAGGACAUUUGCUGGAACCUUCAGAACAUCCGGCUGCGGGAGUGUGAGCUGAGCCCCGGGGUGAACCGCGACCUGACCCGGCGGGUCCGGAACGUCAACGGCAUCACGCAGCACAAGCAGAUCCUGCGCAACGACAUCAAGCUGGCGGCCAAACUGAUCCACACGAUGGACGACCGCACCCAGCUGUGGGGGGCUGGGGAGGCCCGCCCCCCCGCCGAAGUCUCGAGCUUGCCUUCCCAGAAUCCCAUCCUAAAGAACAUCACCGACUACCUGAUAGAAGAGGUGAGUGCGGAGGAAGAGGAGCUGCUGGGCAAAAGCGGAGAGCCCUCCGAAGAGCCCCCCAAGGAAGGGAAUCCAGCGGAGAUCACGGUGGAGAGAGACGAGAAGUUGGUCAAGGUGCUGGACAAGCUGCUGUUAUACCUGCGCAUCGUCCACUCGGUGGAUUAUUACAAUACCUCGGAGUACCUCAAUGAGGAUGAAAUGCCCAAUCGCUGUGGGAUCAUCCACGUGCGGGGGCCCAUCCCCCCCAACCGCGUCACCCACAGGGAAGUGGCUGAGUGGCAGAAGACCUUUGAGGAUAAACUGACGCCUUUGUUCAGCGUCCGCGAGUCCCUGUCCGAGGAAGAGGCCCAGAAGAUGGGCAAGAAGGACCCGGAGCAGGAGGUGGAGAAAUUUGUCACAGCCAACACCCAGGAGCUGGGCAAGGACAAGUGGCUGUGCCCCCUCAGUGGGAAGAAGUUCAAGGGCCCGGAGUUUGUGCGCAAGCACAUCUUCAACAAGCACGCCGAGAAGAUCGAGGAGGUGAAGAAGGAGGUCUCCUUCUUCAACAACUUCCUCAUGGACGCCAAGAGGCCUGCCUUGCCGGAGCUCAAGCUCAACCAGCCGCCUGUACCGGGACAAGGCCUGGCACCAGGGCUGCCGUACCCCCCACAGGGCCCCCAGGGACUGAUGCCCUAUGGACAGCCCCGGCCCCCCAUCCUGGGAUACGGAGCUGGCCCUCCUUACCCCCCUGCCCCAUAUGCGGCUGGAAGAGGGAACUACGACACCUUCAGAGGACAGGGCGGAUAUCUGAACAAACCACGAAACAGGAUGGUCCGAGGGGACCCCCGUGCAAUCGUCGAGUACAGAGACCUGGAUGCGCCUGAAGACGUUGACUUUUUUUGAGUGGAGAAGUCCUGCCGAGUUGGAUUUCAGCGCUUUUCCUCUAGCUUUUUUUUAAAUAAAGAAAUAAUGCUCUUAUCCUGCUUGCCCCUCCCAAUGUGUUAGCCUUCUCUUCUCCCCUCAAUUUUGAGUCUGUCGAUGGUGUGUAUUUCAUGUUUUGGUUCCAAUUGGAUUUCAAUAAACUUCCACUUCAAACCCCA